UUUCGGCCUGACUUCGCAAUACCAUGUGGAGCUCUGGUCAUAUUGGCCGCGGUGGAAGAAUUAAUGAAAGCUCAUAUGGCAGAAUGCAACUUUCGGAAGCCACAUCUUCGAUCUCUUCGCUGCUUCACCCGGAAACCGCAGCGCAGGCUUUCGGAACCUAGCAAUGGCGCUGCCAAGAUUCGCAAGAACCCAUUGUUUUGUCGAAGCAAUCGAGCCCACCAACCUACCUGCGCUGUUUCAUCUCUUCAUUUGCUCUCGGAAGCCUCUCUGUUCCAGCACUUGAGACCCCUAUGCACCAAUUCCUUUAACCCGCCUGUUGCUUCAGAUACUGUAAAGAUUAUUGAUGAGCUGAUUUCCAUAUUCACAAAGCGAACAUUUUCCCCAGACAACCUCGAAUUGAAGAAUUUGGGAACGAGGCUCACUCCUAAUAUCGUUGAGUCUGUGUUGAAAGGUCUGAAGAGUUGGGAAAUAGCGCACGUCUUCUUUUCUUGGGCUUCGAAUCAAUAUGGGUACAAGCACAAUUGUUACACUUACAAUGCCAUGGCGGCGAUUCUAUCUCGUGUUCGACAGAAUGCUCCACUGAGAUUGUUGGCGACGGAUAUGGUCAAUUCUCGCUGCUCGAUGACUCCAGGGGCUUUGGGUUUCUUAAUGAGGUGCUUGGGUAGUCAGGGGUUGGUGGAAGAAGCCAUUGAGCUCUUUGAUGAAGUUAAAAAGAUGGGUCUUUGUUUUCCGAAUAAUUACAGCUAUAAUUGUCUUUUAGAUGCUAUUUCUAAGUCAAAUAAAGUUGAUUUGAUCGAGGUAAGAUUGAAAGAAAUGCGUGAAAUGGGGUGGGAACUUGAUAAGUACACGCUGACCCCGGUCUUGCGGGCUUAUUGCAAUGGCGGAAAGUUUGGAAAAGCUCUGGAAGUUUUCAAUCAAAUAUUUGAGAGGGGUUGGGUUGAUACCCAUGUUUUGUCGAUCUUAGCCCUUUCAUUUAGCAAAUGGGGUGAGGUGGAUAAAGCAUUUGAGUUAAUUGAAAGUUUGGAAGAUCACAAUGUAAGACUGAAUGAAAAGACAUUUUUUAUUUUGAUUCAUGGGUUUGUGAAGGGAUCGAGGGUUGAUAAGGCUCUCCAAUUGUUUGAUAAAAUGCAAAAACUGGGUUAUGUUCCUGAUGUUUCAGUCUAUGAUGUGCUUAUUGGAGCGCUGUGCAAGAAUAAAGAGCUGGAGAAGGCCUUGUGUUUGUAUUCGGAGAUGAAGAAAUUUGGGAUUCAUCCCGAUGUUGGAAUACUUACAAAGCUUAUAUCAUCAUUUCCUGAAGCAGAAAUGACUCGGUUUCUUGAGGAAAGACGGCAAGGUUUAGAUGCUGAAGAUAUGACUUUGCUAUACAAUGCUGUUUUGAUUUGUCUUGUCAACAAUGAUUCAGGGGAAAAAGCUUACCAUCUGCUUCAGGCAACACUGGGAAAUAAAUUUCAAGGUGAUGUUGAGGUCAGCUAUCUCUUCAAGGGGAAGGAAGUAGCUCAUCCAGAUACUACUUCUUUUAGUAUUGUUAUUAAUUGUUUAUGCGAGACUGGUAGGUUGGAUAUGGCCCUAGGCCUCUUCCGAGAUAUGGUUCGAACUGGCUGUAAAUUAAAUGUAUUGCUUUAUAAUAAUCUAAUUAACGGGCUGUGCAAUUGUGAUAGAUUGGAGGAAAGUUUUGAGCUUCUGAGAGAAAUGAAGAGUUCAGGAUUCAAACCUACACAAUUCACUCACAACUCCAUAUUUGGGUGUCUUUGUAGAAGAGAGGAUGUUGAAGGGGCUCUUAACCUGUUGAGGGAGAUGCGUGUUUGUGGACAUGAACCAUGGAUAAAAUAUUAUACGUUGCUUGUUAAACAGUUGUGUGAACAUGGAAGAGUAGUGGAAGCUUGUAAUUUUAUUGCUAAAAUGGGCCAAGAAGGUUUCUUCCCUGAUAUAAUUGGAUAUUCUGCUGUCAUUGAUGGUUUUCUGAAGAUCCAAGAAGUGGAUCGAGCUUUGGAGCUAUUCAGAAACCUUUUUGCUAGUGGCUAUUGUGCCGAUGUGGUUGCUUAUAACAUUUUGAUAAAUGGGCUUUGUAAGGCUAAAAGAAUGUCAGAAGCUCAGGAUCUACUACAUGAGAUGCUGAAAAAGAGGGUUGUGCCCUCGGUUAUUACCUACAACUUACUGAUUGAUGGAUGGUGCAAAAAUGGUGAUAUUGAGAGGGCGAUUCUUUGCCUUUCUAGGAUGAUUGAAGAAGAAAAGGUGCCUACUGUAGUUACCUACACGACUUUGAUAGAUGGGCUAUGCAAUGCUGGAAGGCCUGAUGAUGCUCUCAAUCUUUGGAAUGAAAUGGGGGAAAAGGGGUGUUCUCCAAACAGAAUUGCUUUUAUAGCUCUCAUUCAUGGUCUUUGCAAAUGUGACAGGCCAGAUGCAGCUCUAGUUUAUUUUCAUGAGAUGAAACAAAAGGGAAUGAGGCCUGACACAUUUGUCUAUGUAGGAUUAAUAAAUGCCUUUCUAUGUAGUCUAAACACCUCCUCGGCUUUUGAGAUAUUGAAAGAAAUGAUUCAGGAGGGAAGUAUUCCAGGCCCGCUGGAUAAGAACUAUAUGCUUUUAAGAGAAGCGAUAAUUAAAAUGUCCCAAGAUGCAAGAACUACUUCCAAUGUUAAAAAACUUAUUGCAGAGGGCAGCAUUGCAACAAUUAGUCUUUCAAAUAUUGCAUCUUAAUGAUGACAUGGCCAGCCAUAAGAAAGAAUAUAAUUUAUUGGCUUAAAGCGUUGUCUGUUGUAGACUCAAGAUGAAGAAUAUGUUUGAUUGACUUGUUACAUCAAAUUGCGAAAUGAAGUAUGUGAGUCUUUCUUGUUUACUAUCCAUUGGGCAUUACAAUCUAUUGGCUGCAAUCUCAUAUCACCUGACCUUGAGAUAUUAAAUUGGAUGGCACAAAAGGGAGUUAUUCCAAACCUGAUAGGAAAGAACUUUUCUUCUAAGAGGCGGGAUUCCCUAAAUGUUAAGUCUAAUUGUGAAGAGUAGCAUUCCCACAAUUAUUGCUCCUGAACUGGGAAGUGAGUGCUGAUAUGUGGUCAAGCACAAGCUUGAGGGGAAAAAUGUCUAGUGGAGAUUGGGGAGCUUACGUUGGAGAAGAGUUCUUCAUUUUCUCAGGUUGAUAUGUUAUUUUUAGCAGUGAACAUAAGGUUUUUCGUCAUCACUGGAGAUAUCAUUUCUUAUUUUGUGGUGAUAUAAAUAAAGCACACAAAACAAGUGCAAAUUCAAUAGCGCCAGCGGAAUGCUGCUGCAGGUACAUGCAAAGAAAUUAUCAGAAUGGUGUAUUUUUUCCAUGGAAUUGGGAGUUCCUAUCAUAAUUAUACAUGGCUUAAGAGGUGGAGCCACUGCAGACACACUAGCUUGGCUCAUUAUUGCUGAGAUAAUGACUUGAUUCUUAACAU